CACCACCCUGAACUCGGCGAAGCGCGCCCACCCCAGCCGAGCCCGCGGCCAUCGGCCGCGCUUGCGCGCGCGCGCGCCGAUCGAUGGCCAUGCCACGGGUGCAGAUCAAAGUGGUGCUGGAUUUCAUGUGCCCCUGGUCGCUGAUCGGCCUGCGCGCGCUGGCGCUGGCCAAGGAGCGCUUCGCCGCGCGCCUGGACUUCGCGGUGGAGCUCCUCCCCUUCGAGUUCGACCCGCCGGGCACCUACCCGCAGGAAGGCCUGGACUGGACGGAGUACUGCAAAGGCUUCGGUGCAGCCAAAGCAAAGUUCCUCUUGGAGGAGAAGCUGCCGAGGGCCUUCGCGCUGGGCGAGGACCUGGGGAUCCGCUUCCGAAUGGAGCGGCGCAUUGUGCACACGGUGGACGUGAACACGGCCCUGGCGCUGGCCCAACGCCUGGGAUCCCCGGCCGCCGAAGGCUUCGCCCUGGCGUCCCUGCGCGCCCACUUCGAGGAGUUGCAGGAUCCCAACGAAGCCGCCGGCCUGCGGAAGCGCCUGCAGGAUGUCGGCGUGCCCCUAGAGGCGCUGGAAGCUGCGCUCAGCGACCCCGAGAAGGAGUCCAAGAACGCGCUCCGCACCGCUCAAGCCCGGCCCAUGCUGCGCAGCGGCGUGCCGCACUUCGAGAUCCGCUGUGGCGGCCCGGAUCUCUGCGAGGGCGUCCAUGGCGGGCCCACCAGGCCCAGUUACUUCGAGGAGAUUUUCCAGCGCUGCCUUCCGAAGGAGGAGCUGUGACCGGAGAAAAGCUGCGGAAGUGUCAAGCGCGUCCUUGGGGGGAUCUAAAACCGCCU